UAUCAGAUUUCACACCAAAGAGGAGUUGUUCUUUAGAAGAUUCAAACUCGGUUGAGAUCAGGACAUAUCAAAAUUUGGCCUCCCCUUAGACGUCCACAUCAUCAUAUUCAUUUUGAUCGAUCUCUCCCUCCUGCAUCUUCCUCGCAUUGAGGAUAUAACGCAACCUCCUUCACAUAACCAUAUAGUACUCCUCAGCUUUCUCUUGUCCUUCUCUGAUCUCUUUCUUUCCAUAAAGAUGGGAAGGGCACCAUGUUGUGAAAAAGUGGGGUUGAAGAAAGGAAGAUGGACGGCUGAAGAAGAUGAAAUCUUGAUCAACUACAUUCAAGUCAAUGGUGAAGGUUCUUGGAGAACUUUGCCCAAAAAUGCAGGUUUGUCAAGGUGUGGGAAGAGCUGCAGGCUCAGGUGGAUAAAUUAUCUGAGGGCAGACUUGAAGAGAGGGAACAUCACUCCUGAAGAGGAAGAAACUAUUGUUAAGCUGCAUAGUGCUGUCGGUAAUAGAUGGUCUUUGAUAGCUGGAAAUUUACCAGGACGGACAGAUAAUGAGAUAAAGAACUAUUGGAACACACACUUGAGCAGAAAGCUUUACAGCUUCACUCGGACCACAAGUGAAUCCCUGUCUUCCAUUAUCAAUAUGGCUGCUGCAUGCAAGCGAAGAGGAGGGCGAGGUCGAACCAGAUCAAGAUCUUCAGCCAUUAAAGAGCUCAAAAACACAGCCUCAGCUGAUAUUGUUGGAACGUCAUUACCAAAGCCUGAUCAUCAUCAUCAUGGAGGUGGAACCGCAAAUAAUAAUAUUAGUUCCGAGGUGCUUGAUCCAGCGUCAUCCAAAGAAGAACCGCAUGAUCUACCUGGUACACUUCUAGAACAGGUUGAAAAGACAUCAACGAUGAUGGGUAUAAUGGGCUCGUGGGGCCCCCCAGAACAGAAAGGAGAUGAUCAGGUCAGAACUAUAAACAACCUCGGUGUGCAUGGUUCUUGUCCGGACAAUACAGAUCAGAGGAUAUUAGGCGGCCAUUGCGGUAAUCAUGAGAUCAGUAAGAUCAGUAGUAGUCCUAGUAAUGCAGGGUUAUGCCCUAAUAAUGAGCUAGAGAUCAGUAGUGGUACUACUGCAGGGUUACGUCCAGUACACCAGCACAGAGAAAGCGAGGUAUGGGAGCCGUACGAGUGGCUUGACUGUGAAAUAACGAAGCUUAGCUAUAUUCUUGAAAGUGGGUUUGUGGAGGAUCCAAUUGAAAAUGCUGCCCGUCCUGAUCAUAAGGAGUUAAUUAGAGAUCAAAAGGAGAGAUCAGUAGUACCGAAUGUUGGGGCAUUAAGAUCAAGAAGAGAUCAGAAAUUAGAGACCACAAGUACCGAUGAUCAGGAGAUGGAGAGUAGUGUUCUGAGCUCCUCAAAUGCAGAUGGCGGUGAGUGUUACGAUUGCUCUAAUUACACAAGUAAUAAGAAUGAUAAUAACAACUCAUCAUCAGGCUUUGCUGAUGAAUGGGUGGAUUGGAAUUGGGUAGGUGGUGUUGAUCAAUGUCAUAACCAAUGGGCCUUAUGGGAUGAAGGAGACAAGAUGUUGACUUCUUGUUUGUGGGAAGCUAAAGGCAGCAACAAAGGUAGUACUGAAGAAAAAUAGUGUUAUCAAGCGACAGAUCAUCAUCAACGUGGAAGAAAGAUUAUCAAGUUUAUAUAGGUUUUUGCUUCAUAUAUUAUACGGUUUGGAACAGUUGGAAAGCGUGAAUAGUACAAUUUAAAAAAGAAACGGUAAAAAAUUUAAUAAAUAAGUAAAUUAUAAAGGUACUUUCAAACUGCAGCUAGCUAGUAUAUAUAGGACGUACGUACGAUAUGUGUAUGCCUGUAUUUGUGAGAGGCGGAAGCUGUGCUGUAAUUUGUUGCUCAAAUCAUGCAUUCAGUUGUAUGAAAUUAAUUAUAAGGUUGUGACCAUUAUCAAUUUA